UGGCAAUCUCUGCUCAAGCUCCUGAUAUUCAAGGAGAGCGUCAAUCUGGCCAAGACGUGCGCACACAGAACGUGAUGGCGUGCCAAGCAGUUGCUAACAUCGUCAAAUCCUCACUAGGCCCCGUUGGACUCGACAAGAUGCUUGUUGAUGAUAUUGGUGAUAUAACCAUUACUAAUGAUGGUGCUACAAUUCUCAAGAUGUUAGAAGUGGAGCAUCCAGCUGCCGAGAGUUGGCUGAGCUUUAAGACCGAGAAGUUGGUGACGGCAGAAGAUGAUAAUGAUCAUGCUAUUAAUAUUUGGAAGGAUCGGGAGAAGGCGCGGGGCGUACGAGUGCUGAACGCGGUGGCGGCAUUUGUUGCAGCGGAAGAGCUUGUCGGAGAAGCCAACGUCGCCGCACAUGCAAUAAACAGUCUGAAGAUCCACCAUUGUUGAAGGCUCCGAGGCGGCGGAGAGAGACUGAAAAUGAAGGGAGAAGUAACAGAAAAGAGUGAUGAUUUCAAGGUUGGUGUAUAAAUAUAUAAAGAGACGGGGAAAAAUGAAAAUAAAUAAAAUAUCUGAAAACUGUUUUACAGCACAAAUUGUAUGUAGUUUGUUUUAUAAAAUUAAUUAAAUAUU